UUAUUUAAAUAAAAAGCAAUUAUUUGUGUGUGGCAUUGUCAUUGCCGUUACUGUCUUGCCGCAACAAGAAACGCGUGUGUUGGUGUUGUUGUGCUUCUUACAAUUUUGUUGCUUAUGCAAAUGUGCGCUGCACUGCGUCGCACAGCGGUGGCCAAAGGAACAAAUUGCAACUACAAAUUUCAUGAAUGAAACGUACAACGUGAUAGGAGGAGGAAGAAGACGAGGACGACGUCGGCAGCCAAGUGGUCGGCCAAGGCAGUCGACCCCAACCUGUGUUGCUGUUGCUGCUGCUGUAAGCAUCCAUUGAGAUGGCGUUCAGCUAUGCCUGCCUGGUGCUGCAGCGUGUCGUUGUGCCAGCGGUGCUGGUCUUGGCGUCGCUCAUGCGACCCGUGGGCAUAUCGUUCGUGUACCUGCUAAUGUUCUUCAUGUCGCCCUUCAUACCACUGGCGACGCGUCGAAACUUCAAGGGCUCGGUGACAGCAUUCUUCAUCAUCUUGCUGGCUCUUAGCACACUGGUCCUUCUAGGCCACAUCGCGCUGCAGAUUCUGGCGGUCAGCACCACCCUACCCAUAUACAAUUGCUCGUUUAGCGAGCAGCUGCUGCGACACAUCGGCUUCAUGAGCUUCAUAGACCUAAGGCCCAUGGCUAUUAUUGAAUGGCUGGCGCCGGAGGUGCUCGUUUUCGUCACAUCGCUGAGCACCUAUUUGUCAGUGAAACGUCUGGCGGCGCAAACUAUUGCUGCCGAGCAACUAGAAAAUGGUGAGAUUGUCGAGGCUGUGCCCGCAGCGGCGGAGGAUGCAGCAAUAGACGCAGCAACAUCAGCUGCCAAUGGUGCUGAUGUGCAGGCGACAGCAUCGACGCCGCUACAACGCAAACGCGUCUCGAUGAUAAGUCAGCGGAUGCACUUUGAUGGACUGAUUAAAAUAUCGCCACUCUUUUGCCUGGCCACGUUGUUUUUUGCCGCGGUGCUGCGCCCUUCGGUACCGGGUGGCUUUUAUUUUCUAAUUUUCCUGCUGGCGGGCACAUAUUGGGCAACGUUCCAAACGCUGCAACGUGGUUUUGCGUUGUUGCUGCGUUUCGUCAUGGCCAUCAUUGUGGUGCACGCCCUCUGCAUUGUUUCAUAUCAAACACCCUGGAUGCAGACCCAUCUUAAUCACACUAGCCUGGCGGCUCGUCUUAUCGGCUUGGAACCACUCAUCGAAUCGUAUUGCGCGUCAGACAUUCGAGUUAUGCUGUAUAAUAACACUUUGACCCUGGACUCGUAUCUCAAUCCGUUUGCUUUGUUGUUCGCCUACUUUGCGUUGGCUUUGACGACAAAGCAUUUAAUCAAGCCGCGGCUUGUUCGUCAAAAUACGCGCAAGGCUCGUACUCCACAGCCACUGGAAUCGUCAGCGGGCACGGGAGUGGUAUCCUCGACGGCAGUACCCGCCACCUCCCGGGGGAAUGUCAUUCAAUUGGACUCACUGGAGCAACGAUCGGAGCUGGAAAAUACCACAGCCUCUAUACUCGAUCAGAUAUCCUAUGGGUUUAUCAGCGUGGGAGGUUUUAUAUAUCAGAAUAGCUAUAUUUUUACGAAUAUACUCAUGAUGGCCUGGUCCAUAGUCUAUCACAGUUGGUUAACGUUUGUGCUCCUGUUGUGGGCCAAUGUUCUGUGGAUGAUACCAAAUCAACGCAAAGCCAUGAUGCGUUCCAGUCCAUUCAUUGUCUUGUAUGCAGAGGUUCUGCUGGUGGCGCAAUAUAUCUAUGGCAUGGAUCUGAAUAACAAUGAGCUGCCAACAAAAGUAUCCACCGCCGGAAUAAAUCUGCAACAGAUUGGCUUCGAGCGGCCAAUUGAGAAUCACAUGCGUCCUUGUGUGCCUUUGAUAGUAAAGACCGCCUUUGUGCUGAUGUUUUGGGUGACGUCGCGUCAAUUCUUCAAGGAGAAGCGUGAUAGGCGAAGGGACAGCACUUUGGCGGAUAUUAUAGCUCCAUUGCAAAUAACUGUUGGUUCGGCAGGCUCCAGUUACCUCAUCAACGAUGGCAAGAAGACCUCAAAGUUCCUAAAGAAAGCCGGCGACGUGAUAAAGAAUUUGCUGGUCCGACUGUGGAUUUGGUUGCUUAUAUUGGUUAUCUUCCUGUGCGCCAUUACGGGCGAGGACAUGACCGGGUUUCGAAUUUGCUACAUGGCUCUGUUCCUAUUCUUCUUGCUCGUCUUUCAAUCAUCGUCCAAGGCGUGGGUUAAGAUUAUGUACGGCUUUUGGCUGUUCCUGAUCUUUUACGCCAUGUCCAUAUUAAUAUUGAUCUACACUUAUCAGUUCGACAAGUUCGAUCUGUAUUGGAACGACUAUUUCAACGUGUCCAAGACGCUACAAACCGAUAUCGGCCUAAAGCGCUAUCAAACGAAGGAUUUGUUCCUUCACCUCGUCUCACCCACUAUCAUUGUAAUACUCACUGUCAUUCAGGUGCAUUAUUUCCACAAACGCUUUAUUGCUUCGCUGCAGCAACAGCCUGGAGCUCAGCAGAAAAUUGCAGCGCCUCCCACAGAGACAACCGCUCUCGAACCCACGACGACGACGGCCAGCAAUACGCAGGGAAAGCGUCGCGGUAGCGGCGGCUCCUUGCGUCGUUCUGUCGGAGGACCCGAAGCCACCGACUUCGAGACCUCUGUGCGCGAUCUCGUGCGCAUAUCAUUUCGCAAAAUCAAAAACAAGUCGGAGUACAUAUUCAAGAAUUUCAAGGAUGUGUUUUGGCGCUUUCUGGAGUUGCACAUCAUGAAGGCCGUCUACAUAGCGGGCUUCGUGUGCAGCGUCAGCGAAGUCUGCGUGCUGCACAUUGUCUUCGUUGGGUUCUGUGUGCUCGGUGCCACAUCACGCAAAUCGGUGCAAAUUUUCAUCAGCCGUCUUAUUUCGUUCAUUGUCACCAUUAUUGUGCUGUCAAAAAUGAUCUAUCAGAUCGAAUACUUGGAUCAUUCGGACUACAGCGUCGUAUGCUCUGACAAUCUGACGGCAAACAACGCCGAAUGGGUAGGCCUGAGCAAGGCCGACAAGCAGCACGGCGGACUGAUGAGUCUGUUGCGAACUUACAUCAUUUAUAUGGUCAUUGUAACACUGCAGGCAUUCAUCUCGCUGCGUCAGCUGCAAAUGCGAGUCAAAACUGGCACCAGCACCGCCGACAUACCGAAGGUGCUAUUCCCGCAAAUAGCGCGUCCCGAUGCUGAGAAGGAUCUGGUGGGCUUGGCCAAGUAUUUGCUGAAUUAUGGCUUCUACAAGUUUGGCAUGGAGAUUUCGCUGAUAGCCCUGGUAUCUACGAUAACCUAUCGCCAGGACAUUGUGGCCGUGGCCUAUGCCAUCUGCCUUAUAGUUAUGCUGCUGUUGCGGCGGUCGCAGUUGGCUAAAGUCUGGGGUGUGUUUCAGGCCUUUUUCGCAAUAUCCAUAUUGCUGCAGUACAUUGUGUUGGUGGGUUUGCCGCCCAAGCUGUGUAUGGUUUAUCCCUGGGAUGGCGCGGACAUAGCCGAGAACAUACAACGCUGGACGAUGCUGCCGGGAGCUCUGCACUACAACCAUGUACCCAAGCUGAUAUUUGACUUCAUAGUGCUGAUCAUUUUGAAUCGCCAGAAAAGCAUUUUCUGCAUCGAGCUGCGUUUUGCUUCAAACGACGACUAUCCGGGUGGCAGCAAUCGCAGUGUCAUUGCAGACAUUGCCAACCUGGGGCGCGUGCCCUUCGAUAACCCCACGCACGACUUCUGUUCGUACAUACGCAACUAUUCGGACAUACUGAAGAAUGGUGUGCUCUGUGGCUUCUAUUGGUUUACACUAGCCGUCGUCUUUUUGGCUGGAACGAAUAUUGCGGAUCUGUUGGCUCUGGGCUACCUAAUUGGCGCCUUUGUGUUUCUGUGGCAAGGCUCUGAUUUCUACUUGCGACCCAUCAAAACCAUAAUCAGUCGCUGGAAAUGGCUGCUGGCCUUCAACGUGGCCAACAUAUUGAUCAAGACGAGCUUCCAAAUGGCCGGCUGUUUGUUCAUGAAGCCACUUACCACGCACUGCUGCUGGCUGGUUCAUAUGCUUGGCAUCACCUGCACCAGUAACGUGGCCAAAGAUAUGCUGCUACCAGAGGAGACGGAACCACUACCCACCGGCGAGUGUCCGAAGAUAACUCAUCAGAUUGUAUUGCUUUGGGACACGAUAUGCUUCGCGUUCAUUAUCUUCCAGCUGCGCAUUUUCAAGUCCCACUACUUCUGUCACAUCAUCACGGACACCAAGGCAAAUAACAUACUGGCUUCUAGAGGUGCGGACAUAAUUGAGAGCCUGCGGCAGAAGCAAAUAGCCCAUCGGCACGAUCACGAAAAGCAGGUGCUCCACAAGAUUAAGCGGAAGAUGGAACGCAUUCGUGCCACGCAGCAGAAAUUGUUGCGUCCGCUGGACAAACAGACCCAUUUCGAUGGGACUCGCACGCCCUCUGAGGCAGAAGUAGAAGUGGUGCCACUAGCGCACAACAAUAGCUUUGUGUCCUGCCAAGGCUCGGGCUACGAAACGCCCGAUGAGCAGAGCUCCACUAGCCGGUCGUCGUCCACAUCGUCGCCAGCACGCGCUUCUUUAAUGAGCAGCAACAGCAGCGCCGACAGCGCCGACUUGGCUGUCAUCAUAGAGCAGGAGAUCGAUGGCGAACACUGCGAUGAGCAAACCUUCUAUGCGGAUGUUCAAUCCCUGAGCGACGAGGAUGAAGAGGGGGAGGCAGCAGAACAAUUUAAAGAUAUACCAACUAUUUUGAAGCCCACAACGCCCAGCACGGAUAGGUUGUCGACCUUGUUAACGGAGGGUUUUCUAGAACCCAAGCGCAUUUCGCUGGGUCUGGCGCCAUCGGAAAAGAGCAACCAAGAGCUGCGUCCCCCCACAAGUGCACAAAGCACAUUGAUGCCACCACCUCUAGUGGCAUAUGCCACGGCGUUGGCUUCCACCAGUGGCGUUAGUGCUGGCAGUUCGGUCAUAUCCUCGAAUCUGACACCCAAUUUGCGUCGACAGCAUCGUCGCCAAUCGUCGACAAAUGCGGCAGUAUCCUGGAAUGAAACGGUGUCGAUUAAACGAUCACCGAAGGCAAAGAAGAAGCUGACAUCCAUGGGGUCCUCGGAAGAUGCUGAGCUCGUCACGUUGCGCCAAAAAUCGUUGCACCGUCGUCAUAUGAGCAUGGGAAACGCCUCCUAUUCGCUGGACGAGGCACAGGCACGUCAACGGCGGACCAGCAAUUUGUCGGGAGCCCGGGACGAGGUCGCAAUGCGCGCCUCACAGCGACCCCAUAGCUGGGGGCCUGUCGGUACGGUCUACUAUAUGGAGUCGCUGAUGUGCGCCUUCUAUGAACCCACACUGCUGCAUGGACCAUCCACGCGAGCCGGCGAUUAUUAUAUGUUCGAGGAGAUGGAUGAUAAGUUCGAGCUGGAUCUGAUACACGAUGAGAUUGACUUCCUGGAGGAGGAGAACCUCACCGAGAGCGAGAUGAAAAUGCAGCGCAGGAAAACUCUAUACGAUAAAUCGAAAGAUGCGCCCGUGGACUUCCCAUCGACGAGCAGAGGCAUUUCCAAAGAGAAAGAUGAAGCUAUGGCGGCAGCAACCUCAGCGGCGCCAGCCAGAGAGGAUGUGCCAGUAAUUCCGCCACAGUUGCAGGCCGCUUCCGUUGUUAGGGAGGCAACCUCCAAGGAAACGUCCGACAGCCGAUCAAAAAUGGAAGUUGACAGUGGCGAAGUGACAGCCAAGGACUCGGACGAGGACUUCGACACAAAUCCCAUUAUUCGCCUGCUGGAAGGCUUUCUGGUUACACUCACCAUACGUCUAAAUCGUUUCUCCAGAAACUAUCGCUUCGUCAAUCGUAUCUUGGCCACUGAGAAGAAAACGCUAAAGGAAUCGAGUUCGCUGAACCGCCUGGGCCUCUCCAGCGCUGCGGCCAUGUUCCACUUCCUCAAAUCGAAUCUCGAGAGCGAUGAAAAUGGCGGCCAGCCGGCUUCAUCAUCCACACCGCGCCGGCAAACGGCAGCAACACCAACAAAUAACUUCACCAAUGAAUACACCACACCUAUCACCACUACCACCACCACAAAUACAACAACCACACCGCUCUCACCUCAAGAACCACCACCACCAACAACAACAACAACAACAACAAGUACACUGCCAAUAGCUCAACCACCACACGCUAUUGAAGAUAUCAUCGAAAUUCCAGUAGAUACUGUUGAUGCGGCAACUUCUAGAAAACAAUCAAUCAAUUCAUCGCCACCAGUCAAAGGUGGUCGUAAAUCGGAAUGCGGCCUGCCUGAAAUACGCAUAAAAGCGCCAUCUAUGGAACGAGGCAGCGGUAGUGGCAGUCAGCAGCAGUACCAUCAUGCCACCACCACCACAAUCACCACCGGUGGCACCGGUGGUUCAUUGAGCAAACACUGGUCCUACGAGCAGGUGGACAGUGCCGGCGAAUUCAAUCUGGAGGAGGAGAACUUUGCGCAGCGCGAUCAUCAUAUCAUUGUGGAAGUGCUGAUAUCCUCGUGGUACGCCCUGCUGGCCAAUACAGAUCUCAUCUGCUACAUAGUGGUGUUCAUCAAUCAGGUGGUUAAUGCGAGUCUCAUCUCUUUGCCGCUGCCAAUUAUGGUCUUCCUCUGGGGCACGCUCUCUCUGCCACGUCCGACGAAAACUUUCUGGGUUACGCUCAUAGCCUACACGCAGGCGAUUGUUUUGAUCAAAUGCAUAUUCCAGUUCAAGCUCAUCUGGGCACACUACAGCAGUUCCCUGCCCAACCAGCCGUUGUCCGCAGCCAAAGUCUUUGGCGUCGAAAUGAAAACCCAUUACGCAGUCUACGAUCUUAUAUUGCUGUUAGUGCUUUUCCUGCAUCGUUAUCUGCUGAAGUCGCAGGGAUUGUGGAAGUCCGGCUACAAGGAUGUCCCAGAUAUGCAGCUGAAGCCCACAGCUAGCAUCGAUGAACGCGAAGACAGCGAUAACUUGUCCAACCAAGACUCACGGCAAAUGAACGAACGUGACGAUGUGGGCCAGAAGAUGAGCCUGCAAGUGAGCCAAGCCUCGCUGCCCGGCUCGCCAGAAUAUAGCAAGUCCGGCAUCAAUCAAUUGAAACGCACCAAGUAUACCUCGUCGCUGCACAAGUUCUUCUUCAGUUUGGUUCAUAAGUCCCGAUUGGCCACCGAUGUUUAUGCGCUAAUGUUUCUGUGCGACUUCGUAAACUUCUUUGUGCUGCUGUUCGGCUUCACGGCUUUUGGUACCCAACAAACAGAGAGCGAUGGAGGCGUGCAAACCUAUUUGGCAGAGAAUAAAGUUCCUGUGCCUUUUCUUAUAAUGUUGCUCGUGCAGUUCCUACUGAUUGUGAUCGAUCGUUCGCUAUAUCUGCGCAAGGCACUGGUGAACAAGAUAAUAUUCCAUUUCUUCUCUGUUAUUGGCAUACAUAUCUGGAUGUUCUUUGUGGUGCCGGCUGUGACGGAACGGACAUUCAACUCAUUGGCCCCGCCCAUUAUCUUCUAUGUGAUCAAAUGCUUCUACAUGCUGUUGAGUUCCUAUCAAAUCAAGUCGGGCUAUCCGAAAAGAAUUCUGGGCAACUUCUUCACCAAAGGCUUCUCGCUGGUCAACAUGAUUGCCUUCAAGGUGUACAUGCAAAUACCCUUUCUUUACGAGCUGCGCACAAUCUUGGAUUGGGUGUGCAUUGACAGCACAAUGACACUCUUCGAUUGGCUCAAAAUGGAGGAUAUAUUUUCAAAUAUUUAUUUGAUUCGCUGCACACGACAAAUAGAGACCGACUUUCCUGCGAUGCGGGCACAGAAGAAGGCGGCCGUUUCGAAACUCCUAAUGGGCGGCACUGUGGUGUUUCUGAUUGUUAUCUGUAUUUGGGGACCACUGUGCCUGUUCGCUUUGGGCAAUGCCGUCGGCACAUCCAAUGUGCCCCAUCAGGUGUCCCUAUCCAUACGCAUCGGACCCUACGAUCCCAUCUAUACAACAAAUAACUACGACAGCAUUUACGAAAUCGACUCCAAAAGGUACGCCGACAUGACCAAUGCUUACCUCAAAGACAAACAGGCUGUCACAUUUAUAACCGGCUACGAUGCCACCGAUGUGGCUGCCGUCAAGUUGGCCGGUAACUCGCCAUCUCUCUGGAAUAUAGCGCCGCCGGACAGGCUGCGUUUGCUAAACGACCUGAAGAAUAACCACACGUUGAAGGCGCGUUUCUCCUACUCUCUUACCCGCAAGGCACCCGCCAAGGGUUUGAAGGAGACAGUCGGCGAUGAGCACAUCAUAGAGCUAGAUGAUGCCUUCGAGGGACGCGCCGCACUCAUCCACAUGCUGAACGAAUCGCAUUACGAUAAUGGCACCGCUCCAGCCACCGAAGUGGUGCUGCCAAACAUGAUACCGAAAUUCAUAAAAGUCCUCAACUCGGGCGAUGCCAAUGUUGUGAGUGUGCUCGGCGAGAAGCAACAGGAUCGGCGACCACUCGUGAUUAAAAUCCAUCGCGACAAAGAGACAAACGGCCUUUGGUGGGAGAUACGAGACUUUUGUAACGACACCUUCUACACCAACUACCUGAGCAAGUUUGCGUACAGCAACUGUACUUCCGGCAUCGUUAUGUACACCUUUAAUGACAAGAAGUUCCCAUCGACAUUCAGUUUCCUCACAGCGGGCGGUAUCAUCGGUCUCUACACCACAUUCGUGUUAUUGGCCUCGCGCUUCAUGAAAUCCUUCAUUGGGGGUCAAAACCGUAAAAUCAUGUUCGAAGACUUACCAUACGUAGAUCGGGUGCUGCAGCUCUGCCUUGAUAUUUAUUUGGUGCGCGAGGCCUUGGAGUUUGCAUUGGAGGAGGAUCUAUUUGCCAAAUUACUUUUCCUGUAUCGUUCACCGGAGACUUUAAUCAAAUGGACUCGGCCGAAGGAGGAGUAUGUUGACGACGAUGGCGAUACGGAUUCCAUACCCAGUCGAAUGAGUGUUCGUCGACAUGAACAGCAACAACAGCAACAACAACCACAAUAGCAUAGAUCUUAUAUACAAUCUUUAGCGAAAUAGAAUUUAUUGUUUACGUAUUAGGUACGUAUUGAGUUGGCGUAGGUUUCAUAGUCUUUUUUAAAACUUUUUUAUAUGUACAAUACAAUAUUAGUUAGACGGAAUUAAAUCUAGAUAACCUCCAAAAUAGAAAAAACACAAACAAACACACACACACACAUCACAAAAUAAACAAUACGAACAACAAACAAAACACUUACUCACACACACACACAUCGUUAAAUUUUUGUCGAAAGUACUGCCGAGUGUGAAGUGUAAAAGUCAAUGGUCUACACCAACUAUUUUUUAUAUAUAUAAGAAAAAGAAGAAUAGUAGAAGAGUAACAUAUUCGCAUGUUAUAUUGCCUAAUUAAUAAUAAUAAAUAAUUUAUUUAGACUUAAGUAAAAGGAAAACGAAAAUCUAAAAACAAAACAAAAGUGUUGAAAGUGUAAAAGUUUAAGCGCUGUUUGUAAGUUAAAUUAGUUUAAUUACCAUGAAUGUUUAAGUAAAUGCUUAACUAAAUACUUAAAUAUUGUAAACUAAUAAAAAAAUUAUUGUAAUAAUAAUGAGAACUCAUAUUCAGGGAUUUUUUAGCAUUUUACAAUGGCAAAUAUGUAACGUAUAAUAAAUAAUAACUACCGUGUGCAUAAAAAUAAUGAAUAAUU